UAAGAAAAGAAAAAAAGCUUAAACUCUCUCUCUCUCUCUCGCAUAUCUCGCUUUUAAUAAACCUCGAAAGAAUAAUAAAAAGAGAAGAGGAGGAAGCAAAAAAAACGACAUAGUUUUGUUAGAGACAUAGAACCAACCCCACAAACAAAAUAUUCUCUUUUUUGCUCUGUUCUUUGAUCCGAGUCCGAGACCAUCCAUCAAUGGAGAGAUACGACAUCUUAAGAGAUCUUGGCUCCGGUAACUUUGGAGUUGCCAAGCUUGUCAGAGAAAAAUCCAACGGAGAGUUUUACGCCGUUAAAUACAUCGAGAGAGGCCUUAAGAUUGAUGAACAUGUUCAAAGAGAGAUCAUCAACCACAGAGACUUGAAGCAUCGUAAUAUCAUCCGAUUUAAAGAGGUUUUUGUGACACCAACACAUCUUGCAAUAGUAAUGGAGUAUGCAGCAGGCGGUGAACUUUUCGAAAGAAUUUGCAAUGCCGGUCGAUUCAGCGAAGACGAAGCAAGAUAUUAUUUCAAACAACUGAUCUCGGGAGUUAGCUAUUGUCACGCUAUGCAAAUAUGUCAUAGAGACCUUAAGCUUGAGAAUACACUCUUAGAUGGGAGCCCGUCGUCGCAGCUCAAAAUUUGCGAUUUUGGAUACUCGAAGUCAUCAGUUUUACACUCUCAGCCAAAAUCGACCGUGGGAACGCCGGCUUACGUUGCCCCGGAGGUCUUGUCCCGGAAAGAAUAUAAUGGAAAGAUUGCAGAUGUGUGGUCGUGUGGGGUGACCUUGUAUGUAAUGUUAGUUGGUGCUUAUCCUUUUGAAGAUCCCGAAGAUCCAAGAAACAUUAGAAAAACCAUUCAGAGGAUAUUAAGUGUACAUUACGCCAUACCGGAUUACGUUAGGAUUUCAGCCGAGUGCAAGCAUCUCUUAUCUCGUAUCUUCGUGGCUGACCCCGAUAAGAGAAUAACUGUACCGGAAAUCGAAAAGCACCCGUGGUUCUUGAAGGGUCCUCUAGUUGUGCCGUUGGAGGAGAAAUCUGAUAACGGAGUGGAAGAUGAAGAAGAAGAAGAAGAAGAAAAGUGUCGACAGAGUGUUGAAGAGAUAGUGAAGAUAAUAGAGGAAGCAAGAAAGGGAGUGAAUGGUAUGAAUACUAAUGGUGGAUUAGGUUUGAUAGAUGGGAGCAUGGAUCUUGAUGAAAUUGAUGAUGCUGAUAUUUAUGACGAUGUUGAUGAUGAUGAUGAUGAUGAGAGAAAUGGUGAUUUCGUAUGUGCUCUAUGAUUUCAUUUACAUUCAUGCAGUUGUGUGUAUGGGCAUGCAUUUAUAUUAUAUGUAUGCUGGUUGAGAAUACCCGAACCAUCUUGUGUUGCAUGUUUGUAUAAUUAAGUGGAAAUAAUUCACCCCCAAUCAAUUUAUAUAAAAAGUAUAAGAUUUGUGUGGGUCAUUUGAUUUAUGUAUA